AUGGAGACAAAAGCUGAGAUCGUCAAAUAUCGCCACCAACAGCUACCGAACGGCGGGAUGCUUACGCUAAAUCAACUUUACUCCAUGUUUUACGACCAAGGUAACACUUUUGUGGAUAGAAGUCUCGAGAUGUGUAUCCGUGAUGGUCUAGUCAAGAAGUUCAUUAUUACUAAUGCGCUGCCUGUCAUCCUGAGGACAGGUAAAGGAGGCCAGAAAUCUAAGGUGACGUAUGGAUAUGAGAAUAUGGAAGUGGUUGUUAAGAUACAACACUACCUUGCACUUAUAGAAGAGAUGGCUGAGACCGCAGAUGAGGAUACUGCUAUCGCAUUAAGGGAGUUUGGCAAGUUCGUCAGCAAGCAUCCUGAAGCGCUUUCCAUCUGUACCACAGAUAUUUCAGCUGAACAUCUCUCGGCCCUUGUAAACACGGGCGUCGUGACCUUGACUUCAAAUCACCAUAAUGAGAUAAACGUCCAUCAGUACUCCUUGGCAUACCCAAGGUGUGGAACAUUCCUCAAAAUGAUAAACUCGGGGCGUUCUUGGCUUGUCAAGACUCUUAGUAAGACAAAAUUCAAAGAGCUUCUUGAAGAACAGCUAUUCGAAAAAUGGGAGGGUAAAAAUAAGGCCAACUUUCGCAAGCCCUUCUACGGCUAUGAUCUCAUGUGGAUCUUGGCUGAUGCUUUGGGGGCAGGCGUGGCCGAGGUAUUCAAGACCCCUGUGGGCAGGGGCUGGCGACUUACAGGUAAGAUAUAG